AUGAAUUCUAUCUUCCAUGAUUUUAUUAACACUUUUAUGCAAGUGUAUAUCGAUGAUAUUGUUGUAAAAUCUGUUUCCAGGAAGAACCUUAUAGACCACCUUCGACAAUCAUUUGAAAGAAUGAGAGAACAUGGUCUGAAAAUGAACCCUUUGAAGUGUGCGUUCUGUGUAAAAGCUGGAGAUUUCUUGGGCUUCGUCGUCCACAAGAAAGGAAUCGAAAUCAACCAGAACAAGACGAAGGAAAUCUUGGAAGCGAAAGCGCCAAUGAACAAGAAGGAACUGCAAUCUCUGUUGGGCAAGAUAAAUUUCUUAAGGAGAUUCAUAUCUAACCUAAGUGGAAAAGCUCAAGCCUUCUCACCCUUACUUCGAUUGAAUAAGGAAAGAUUCGAGUGGGGGCAAGAGAAACAAGAAGCCUUCAACAAGAUCAAAGGGUAUCUCACCAAGCCACCUAUUUUGGUGCCUCCUUGCAGCAACAGGAGUAUGAGAUUGUACAUAGCUGCAUCCGACAGAACUUUGGGAAGCAUGUUAGCCCAAGAAGAUGAAAAUGGAGUCGAAUGA